CAAUAUUAUGUCAAUUUUCAAUCCAUCGUUUUUAAGUAGUCUUGCAUUCGAUAUUUUAUUCGUCAUUAACAAACCAAAUUACCAAAGUACAAUCUAUAGUUAAAUAUUUAGUUAAUAAUCUCUUAACUUAAAACUAACAAGUGUUGGCUAAUUGCCUAAUUAAAAAACUUUUGAACUAUAAUGAUUCAUGAUUUAUUCCCUAAGUUGUAAGUAGGUGUGGUAAACACAUACAGAUUAUUAUUAUCUCAUCAUUUACAUGGUCAUUACGCAAAAAGUAAUUGGUAAAUCAAUAACUUCGUAAUAAAAAAAAAUAGGUAAUAAAAUAAAAUGAGUCCUAAAGUAUUUGUUAACAUCUUGACUUCUCCAAAGUCUUUAUUUAAAAAAAACAUAAGACAUGGAUAUAUUCAGCAAAUAUAUAGGCGUUGGAAGAAUGAAACACAUUUACCGCCAAAAGACUUCUCUAAUUUACAGACUAUGCAAGAUAUUAAACUAAAACUAUCCAAUAUAAUGGGUAUAUCUGGAAAAUAUGAAAAUGAAGAUAGAGGUUGGUUAUCUGAGUAUCUGCCAAAGCAACAAAAUGAUCUACCCCCUCGCUCUAUGAAUGACAGUUUUGAUAGAGCUAUAGUUCCUUUGAGCACUAAUUUGGCAUUGCAAAAUAAAUACACUACAACAUUUAAAAGUUUACGAAUAGGACGCCUUUUAGAAGAUAUGGAUCUUUUUGCAGUUUGGAUUGUUAUGAAGCACAUUUAUAAUCCACUGCAACCACUGGAUGUUCCAACACCAUACGUUGUUGUAACAUUAUUGGUAGAUGAUGUUGUCAUAAAUGCUAAUCGAUUUCCAGAUAAAGAUUUAAUUCUAAGUGGUCAAGUAACUCAUGUUGGCAAAACUUCAUUAGAGGUUACUUUGUGGCUAGAACAAUUCAAUGAUGAUAAAUGUGAGCGAAUCACCAGAGCUCAUUUUGUAUUUGUUGCUAGAGAUCCAACAAAUACAUCAUCUGUCAUGGUAAAUAAUUUAGUACCAGCAGGGGAACGUGAAAAAAAUCUAAUGAUUCUUUCUGCAAAAAAAAAUGAGGAUAGAAAAAGGGCUCGCCAAAACUCAAUAUUGAAUAAAAUGCCAACGCCAGAAGAACAAUCACUUAUAUAUGAUACGUUUAUGAAAACAGUUGAUAGAAAAGAGCCAAUAAUUGGUAAUAAAUUAUUACCAGAAAAUAGUGUGUGGAUGGAUGAUACUAUGCUUGAGACUAAUAUUCUUUGUCAUCCUGAAGAUCGAAACUUACAUAAUACUGUUUUUGGUGGUUAUUUGAUGCGUGUUGCUACUGAACUUGCAUUUUUAGUAGCAAGUGCGCACAGCAAAACAAGAGUAACAUUACAAGCAAUUAAUAGUAUUACUUUUCGUAAACCAGUUCCAAUUGGUAGCAAAUUAAAGUUAAAUGGAAAGAUAUGUUAUACCAGUGGUAGAGUAAUGAUAGUAGAAAUUAUUGCAAAAGUUGAAGAACUUGAAAGUAAAAAAAGUUUAACUUCAAACUCCUUUUACCAUGUUUAUGUUGCUCCGAAUGAUGUUGAUUCAGUAUUACCUCAGAACUAUCAUGAUUCAAUGCUUUAUAUUGAUGGACGUAGACGGUACUUGGAUUUUGUCAACUACUUGGAAAAAGGACAAUCAGAAAAUAACUAACUAAUUAUGGAAAUUAUAAAAUAUUUUAAGGGAGGAGUUUAAUAUUCAUAUAUUCUUAUAAAUUAAUAUUCUAAUUUUUAAGUAUAUUAAAAAGUUUUAAAACUGGAGCAUUACUGGUAAACAGUCAAUAUUCAAUUCUAAAUGGAGUUUUUUUUAUUAAAAAAGUUACCUCUUUAAUUUUAAAAACUUAACAUUUUUAUUUGUUGCAUUUUU